GCGAAAUAUUUCGUUUUCCGGCGGCGAGCUUCUCCGGCACCCCUUUGGCUAGGUCACUCUAGAUUCUGCGGUCCUCCGGUGAUCUAUUCUCUCUCGCAAAAAACUUCGAUCCCUCACACUCAACCGCCGGAGAUGAUCGCUCUGCAACACGAUUGCAGGACAAGGUGGGGCUAUGAGAAUUUAGUGACCCCUUACUUUCUGGAUAAAAGAAGAAGGCGGCGACAAGCACUUGCUUAAUGGAGGACACGAACCCUCGAUAAGUUGCGGUUCGUGGGCUUGAGAUAGCCGGGAGACUCCUCAAUGUGGCGCUCAGUUAGACAUUCUUCUCAUAUCAGUCUAUCUAUUCGCUGUUUAUCCCGGCGCCAGUGGAUCCAUGCUGCCGGAAACCUUCCCCGUCGAAGCUCUGAUCUCUUGCCAGUACUCACCAAAUCUGAACUCGUCGAGCGGAUUUACAGAAUCGUAACCCUCGAGCGCUUCGAGGCCAUUCCCAAGCUUUCUUUUGAUUUAUCUGAAGACAUCCUCGAUGCAGUCCUGGUGGGGCUCCGGCUCAAUCCCACUGCCUGUCUAGGGUUUUUCAGGAUUGUUUCGAAGCAGCCCCAUUUCCAGCCGAAUGCAAAAUCUUAUGGUAAAAUUGUCCACAUUUUAGUGCAUGGGCGGAUGUUUGAUGACGCAAGAGCUUGCUUGAAGGAUUUGCUACAGAAUUACGCUACUGAAUGGUCUGUUUCCUUUGUUUUCAAUGAGAUGCUUCAGGUUUAUAAGGAGUUCAGCUUCUCGUUGAAGACAUUUGAUGUGCUUCUCAAGGAGUAUGCAGAGCAUGGAUUGGUUAUGGAGGCUCUUUUCAUCUUUGAUAAUAUGGGAAGCCAUGGAUGGAAGCCUAGCGCGAGGUCCUGCAAUACUAUGCUCAGUGGUCUGGUUAAAGCUGGGGAACAUAGGACGGCAACUCUGACGUACGAGCAGAUGAUCCGAGCUGGGAUACUACCAGACGCUUUCACUGUUUCUAUAAUGGUCAAUGCUUUCUGCAAGGAUGGAAAGAUAGAAAGAGCUGCAGAAUUCUUAACUUCCAUGAAAAAUAAGGGUUUUGAGGCGAACCUCGUGGCUUAUCAUUCUCUGAUGGACGGUUACUGCACCCUUGGGCAGACUGAACAGGCCAUUGGCGUUCUUAGUUCCAUGAAAAGAGAGGGCAUUUCACCAAACGUUAAAACUUAUACUUUAUUGGUAAAAGGGUACUGCAAAGAGGGCAAGGUAGAGGAGGCUGAGAAAGUCCUCAAGCACAUGAAAUACAUUCUGUGCUUCAAAGCCGAUGAGGUAGUUUACGGUGUUCUUAUUGAUACUUAUUCACAGUUGGGGAAAUUUGAAGAUUCUAUUAGGAUGAAGGAUGAAAUGUUGAAUUCAGGACUAAAGGUGAACACUUUUAUCUACAAUGCAAUGAUUUCUGGUUAUUGCAAAUUUGGAAGGAUAAAAGAAGCUGAGCUUUUGGUCAGUGAGAUGGAAUAUGCAGAUCCCAAACCAGAUUCAUAUAGUUAUAAUACUCUAUUAGAUGGAUACUGCACUAUUGGUCUGAUGGAUAAGGCUUUUGAAAUUUGUAACUUGAUGGAAGCUAAGAGUAUAUGUCUGACCAUUCUAACUUACAAUACCCUCCUCAAAGGUUUUUGUCGCAAAAAUGCCAUCCAUGAUGCUUUGCAAUUAUGGUUUUUGAUGUUGAAAAGGGGAGUGAAGCCUAAUGAGAUUAGCUGCAGCACUCUAUUGAAUGGAUUUUUCAAAACUGGGAAUUUUGAAAAUGCUUUGAAACUUUGGAAUGAUAUGUUGUCCAGGGGAUAUGCAAAAAAUCGAAUCACUUUCAACAUAUUGAUUAAUGGAUUGUGUAAAUUUGGUAGAAUGGAAUAUGCUGAGGAGAUCAUCCGUAAGAUGAAAGAUUGGGGAUGCUUGCCUGAUAGCUUUACUUACCGAAUUCUAAUUGAUGGCUUCUGUAAGAUGGGCGAUAUUGAAAAAGCUUUUAAAAUAAAGGAAUUGAUGCAAGAGUUGGGAUUUUUACCUUCAAUAGAAAUGUUUAAUUGUCUUAUUACCGGGCUUUUCAAAUCAAAGAGACAUGGCAAAGUGGAUGAUCUUAUAGCUGAAAUACAUGCAGAAGAAUUGGUCCCGAACAUUGUGACAUAUGGAGCUCUAAUAUGUGGUUGGUGUGAUGAAAAAAGGAUAAGCAAAGCUUUUGAUUGUUACUUCGAAAUGACCAGGAAGGGUCUGACACCGAAUUUGUUGAUUUGUAGCACCCUUGUAAGUUGUUUAUACAAACAAGAUAAAAUCGGCGAGGCCAAUGCGUUGUUACAGAAACAUGUAGAUUUUCACAUACCUACAAAAUAUGAUUUUUUCCGGAGGACUUGCAAUCUUUCGUUUAACAGAAUUUCAGAUCUCUUUCAUGAAGGUUCAAAUAGAAAAUUUGAGCCUAAUUACAUCAUGUGCAAUGUUGCUAUUGCUGGGAUUUGCAAGUCAGGUAGGAUAGAAGAUGCAAAAAGUUUUAUCAUUUUGUUGUCUAAUAGAGGAUUCUUCCCUGAUAGAUAUACUUAUUCCACCUUAAUUCAUGGAUAUUCCUCACGUGGCAAUGUAAGCGAUGCUUUUUUACUUCGUGAUGAGAUGCUAAAGAAAGGUCUCCUUCCUUCCAUUGUGACGUAUAAUGCGCUCAUUAAUGGCUUGUGUAAGUCUGGAAAUUUGGUGAGAGCUGUGAGGCUUUUCAAUAAGCUUCCUGAGAAGGGUUUCACUCCUAAUUCUAUUACAUUCAACACAAUGAUUGAUGGAUAUUGCAGGGCUGGCAACCUUACAGAAGCCUUUAAAUUCAAACAAAAAAUGGUUGAACAAGGAAUUUGUCCAAAUGUAAUUACAUAUUCAACCCUCAUACAUGGUCUCUGCAAGGAAGGUGAUAUGGAGACAUCAAUCAAGCUUUUGAAUCAAAUGAUUGAGAGUGGCGUCGAUCCUAACUUUGUGACAUAUUGCACGUUAGUUAAUGGUUACAGAAGAUCGAGGAACAUAACUCAGGCUUCCAAGCUUUGCGAGGAGAUGCAUAUUCGUGGUCUUUUUCCAACUUUUGAUUGGAAAGGAACUUUGGAUUUUGCAGGACCUUUACAGAGCGGAAAAGUUAAAAGUUUUCAUAAAGUCUCUGAAUGUGCUGCUGCAUGUUAAUGGCUCUUUAUGAAUCGUGCUUCUGAAGUUUGAAUGGGGUAUUCAUGCUUGAGGCUGACAUCCCGAGCUGUUGUUGUGAAAUGGCAAAAUCUUUGUGGUUGGGAUUGACAUUAUAAAGUUGUCACUUUGAGCAUGCGGGUAUUAAAUUGCCUGAAAAGUGAAAAUAAGGCAGUUUCAGCUUGCUUUAAAGCUGAAGAUCUCAAUCCAGGCUGACGAAUGGAUCUUGAGAUUAUAUUUGUGAUUACUGAUGGAACAUAUUGCAAGCAAAAUGAACGAAAGUUGUCGCUUCGCAUUUUCGGACAUGAGAGCAGGGGAGAUACUUCUGAGAUUCUGAUUGAAGUCAAUUUGGCUGCUCGAUUGUGGCUAUUUUCAUUGAAAAUGAAUGAAUUUGUUGAAGUUAAACCAAACUUGGAGCUACUCAAAGAAAAUGAAACUCAGGAGCAAAUGCAGAAUCCAGAAGUGCUUUGUUAACCCCUUCCCAUUUUGAAGAUGCUCAUGAUGUCUACACAACCACAGCAAAACUAUCUUCACUUCCUCCAUUUUGUACUUUGGGAUGCUACUUGCAGACAGUUUAUACUCAGUUAUCGAAGAAGAAAUAGAUCAUCACACACCGCACAAGUGGCCUCAGGUAGGCAAUGUGCAUCAACUGAUUGGAUCCUUUUACCUUGGUCUUUCCAUUUGUUAAGGAAGAAUCAUAUAAUUAGUAAUGUUGAGCAGAAUGGUUCUCAGGCACUGUAAAACCUACAUAGAGCUCUCCAUUCCGUUGAAGACUCGUUCUUUAAGCUAAACGGGCCGAACCUACACUCUGGCUCGUUUGGGGGUAGCUGUGAAGGCGCGGUGUGGCACGAGAACGCAUUUCUGUGCCGUUUGAGGCGGCGGCGACAACGCGUUGCGUAGACAAUUUUGGCAUUUUGAUGAAAAAGCGAGCUGUGGGAUCGACCCUGCGGUCCGCGUUCGUUCGCGUAAGUAUUACCCGACAACUCUCUUUCUCUCUCUCAGCGUCUCACCUUCCCCCACAACUCCGAAUCCAUCCCGAUGACGACCCAAUGGAGUCGAGCUCCUCCACCGUCGUCAAAGGGGCAGCGACUGACGAGGAAUUUGCUUGCAAAUCCAUCGCCAACAACCGGCUCAUCUCCGACGAAGAUGUUUGAAGCUUUAAGAUGGAGAUCGAGGUCAUCGCGUGGCUUUCCGACCACCUUCAUGUGGUGGACCACAAGGCUG